UGUUUUGUAACAGUUCAAGCUGAUGGUGACCUGAUGUCUCCAGACCCAAACGCGGUGAGUGGACAGCACACGCUCCAAUUUACUUUCCAAAUUUAUGUUCCUUCAUCUCAUUCAACAAGUGUGGAGUGAAUUUAUAUGCCAGCGCCUCUCACAAGCACCGUCCGCUCCAUCGCAGAGUCUCUUUAUUAUUAUAAACAUCGUAUUUCCAUUAGAAAGCAGAACAAAGCCCGAUAAUUAUGCUCGAGUUGCCCCCGGAAAUCUCGCUUUCUCUAGCCUAUAUAUUAGGAUCGCUGGGUCUGUCGGGACGCUUUCCCCGGAAGCAGACAAGCAGACAUGAGUUUUCUUAGUUAAAUCUUCGUCUUGUUGAAGAAACAUGCUCAAAACUACUGGGCAGACAGGCACAAAAAUCCUCCUGGAUGCGAUGUCCAAGGAUAAAGUCCACUUGGCCAGGUUUGUUCUGGACGCGCUGGAUGGAGAAAUCGUUGACUCCACAGCGGACGGCGCGCAGACGCCCCUCAUCUCUUCCGUUCUGCUGCCCGACAGCCAGACCAGAUGUAAGUUCGUAGAGCUUCUGCUGCACAGGGGGGCCAGCGUCAACUAUCAAGAUGGGAACGGACGCACAGCGCUCAGCUACGCCUGCGAGAAAGGCUACCUGGACGCGGUUAAGAUCCUGGUCCAGAACGGCGCAGAUCCAGAGAUCCUGGACUCGUGGGGGAACACCCCGUUGAUGUACGCGGCUGUAGCGGAUCACACCUUAGUUGUUGAGUUUUUGGCGAGAGCCUUCAAGAGGUUAGGUUUGCAGAUAGACAGGCAGAACAAAGCUGGCAACUCUGCUGUUGAAGUGGCAAAGUUCCUCGGUCACACAGAGUGCAUUUCUGCGCUUACCAAUAACUCCAAGAGGAGCCGUGAGGUUGAUGAAGGCAAGAUUGAGGGAAAAGUUGAUAGUUUGGCCAGUAAACUUGAAGUCCUCAAAAUGAGUGGCCGUGCAGAAAUGUCUCAGAUAAAGCCCAGUCGUUUGCCACCGAUGGAGUUUGAAAGAGAAAAUAAUAAAUCCUCUUUGGGUCUACAGGAUAUGAUCUUCUCUGGAGCACGCACUCCUGUGCCCCGACCAGGGAUUUACAAUCAACCCAUUUCUAAACAAUGCACCUCCCUGGAAAAGAUGCCCUCCUCUACUCAUCACUUGCCCCCUCUCUUAAACGGACGUGAUGCUGAAAAGCUAAUUUUCUUCUCCCCCCAGCCAAACAGAAACAUGCCGCAUCCCUGUGCGCCAUCCACUCUUGGCAUCUUACUGACUCCCAUUCUUCCCAACAAAUGUGAGGCUGAGAGGGGAAGGGAGAAAUCUUUCCGCGUGGGAAGAUUUAACGAGUGCUACUACAGGAAAAGAUGCAGUCUGCCAACCAGUAUGCUUAGCCCCACACCUCCAGAGCGCACUCUGGUGCCUGUGCGUAAAUCCAGGACGGUGAGGAGGCGCAAAGAGUCGAUGAGCUUCACCGAACCGCUUCCGUUUGCCACAACAGCUUCUGCCUCAACUCCAACAACUUUCUCAGCAUUGACUAAUAAACUCUUCCGAAGAUUUACCUCCCCGGAGUUCAAGAAAGUCGUUGGAGAUCUGGAACAGAAUCCGUUGCGGUCUUUAGGCCGCAUCCCGCGAUCAGAAACUUUCCCUCAGGAGACGAGGCAUCCGCAGGUGGACAGUACGCCCAGCAUCGACAGCAUCAGCUCCGUUAAGUGCGAGUUUGACUUUCAGUUCAGACAGACAAACUCUUAAGACUGAGCGCCAUGUGCAAAAGGGGGGCAAAGGACUGCUAUGUUACGUAAUAAUGUUUUUUUUUUUUUUUUUUUUUUUUUUUUU